AUGUCUUUCUUGGCCGUCCCUCUCUUUAAACUCGGCUUAUCCCAAGCCAAAAAAUACAAAGCCAAGAAAGAUCUCCAAAAAUACCAAAACGCCGGCGUCUACUCACCAAAUUAUCAACCGGAGCAACACCCAAUGAGCGGCUAUCCAGCCGGCGCAACGCCCGGCACAACAAUUCACUUCGAGUCGCCCCCCAAAGAACAAACCAAGAGCGAAAAACUGACUUUCAUGCUCUUCUCAACGGUGCGCUUCCUCCAAUUCGUCUUCGGCCUGACAGUCAUCGGCCUGUACGGAAGAGACGUCCACCACGACCACUCAGACAAACACGUCUGGCACUCGAAAUGGGUAUACGCGCUCGUCACUGCCUUCCUGGCAACUGUCACCGCAGCCAUUCACCUCAUCUUGCCAUUCGUCAUGCGGAAGGCCAAGCCCGGCGCCGGCCCUGGUCCUGCGCUGCUGCUGCCGCAGUUUGCGUGGGAGUUUAUCGUUACAGUGCUGUGGCUGACGCUGUUUGGAAUCUUUGGAAAGAUGUACAUUGGUGUGCAUCCUGUGGAGGGCACGGGUGCGAAGGUGGAUCAUGCUGCUACUUCUGAGCUUGGUGAUGCGUCGAAGAUUAAUCGUAUGCGCCAUGCUGUUUGGGUUGAUGUUAUUAACUUGGUGUUCUGGAUUAUGACUGCAUCUUGGGUUUUGGUGCGCUGGUUGAAGAGCCGCAGGUCGGCUGCUUCGGAGGCUGGGUUCGAUGCUGAGAAAGGUGAGCAGAUUUAG